AUGCCGUAUUCGGAUUUCUAUGAAAACAUUUCCUCCCAGAUUCCUGUGCAGUCUCGAAGCAGCUUCUCUGGACGGACAACACCAUUGAACGACUACGAGGGCGAUAUUCUCGAGGAAAAUCCGCAAUACAAAAGCAAGGCACCACCGCAUCCCGUCGUCCACAGGAGGACAAGUAUCGAGUGGGAGAAUUUCGAGGAAGCAAAAGGUAGGUUUUCUCGGGCAAAACCGCUUUGA